AAGAGAUAAACGAAAGCGAUGGAGUCCGGCGACGAUGACAUAUUCGCUAUCAGCGACGAGGAGAUAUCCUUGCUGGCGCAACCCGCGUUGAAUCCCGUCGAGGAACAUUUGCUGAACCAGAUGAGCGACGUCGUAUGCAGGAUCCAUAUCACGAAGAAGGAGAUCGCCGAGACGAAGGCGACCUCCGCGCGCAUUUUGAACGCCCUCGAGAAGCGCGCGAUUCACGGAGAAGACGCCAGCUCGGACUCGGACUCCGAGAUGUAUACUGUCGAAGGAGUACCUAUAAUAAAGAAACAGAAAUGCAGCAGGAAUAGUAACACAGAGAAAAUUUUGGAGAUAGUCUCGCAAUGGCAAUGUAUUCUCCAAGAUAAAUGGAUUAUUGGGAUAGAAUUGCUCAAUAAAUCCUGUUGCACGUUGCUCGACCCUAGAUGUUAUCCGUACGUAUUGUCCACGCUGGACGAGGAGAUUUCUGGCGAAUCAACAUUUUGGAAAUUGGAAGAGGAAUGUUCUUUCCAUUCAGAAAGGAUCAGUUCGAUCCAACCCGGCGCCGCCGUGGCAACAAUGGUGCUCGAUCUACCAACAUUUGACCAGAAGUCCGUCGUCGAAUGUUGGGGUAUAAUCUCAUACAAGAUUGAUGAGACGCAGUACCAAAUUCCAGUGACGCCUAUUCGACUCAGCAUCGCCGAAACGAUCAAUAGUUCGUGCAUGAAGUUCUUAAAUGAGAACGAGCAUGGUGCGAUAUUGGCCUUGAAAGGGACAUCUAUCGUGGAAAAGAUCGUAAAUGUUCAAUUUUCGAGGAACGAGCAAGAUAAUCGAGAUGAAAAUCGGACCAGCAAUAAAAAACUCUUUCAUUUUUUAACCACGAGGACCUUCGCAAAGAUUUAUGGCAAUGUUUUUUUGAUAAAAGAACACGGUUCCCUGAUGUACUGUUUGAUCGAGGUACUAUUGAUCGACGUCAACGAAGCGAAUAUCAGGAUCUUUGCCAGAUCUGUCAAUCAAUUGAACAUAAUAUUACAUCUUCUGCAAGAUGAAUUUUCGAAUGUAACUGUUGUGGAGGAAACGAACGAGUGCAUUGAAGCUGCGAUGGCUCUAAUACACGAAUUAGAGAUGAUUCGUGACAAGAAAAGCAUUCGCGAGAUACAAGAAGCCAAAGUGAUAACCGACUUGCUUAUUCCUUAAGUUCCAUUUACUAUUUAAAUCUUUAAAUACUAAUAUUUAGAUAAUGUGAGAUAUUUUUAUAUCAAUAUAC